AUGACCAUCAUCGUUCCUUUCCAAGAUGAGGCGACGUACAACGGUCUGAGCCCUAUCGGACAGCCGCUGAAGAAUCUCAACGGCUUUUCCAAGCAGAAACGCCCGAGCGGGCGCCGCCCGAUCCCGCCGUCCUCCUGGACUCCCGUCUGCCACCCCCUGGUCGACCCUGUCACCGCCGAAGUCGAUGCUUGGUUCCUGGACAACUGGUCGUUCCCUAACGAGAAGGCUCGCAAGAAGUUUGUUGCGGCAGGGUUCUCCAAGGUCACCUGCCUUUAUUUUCCCCUCGCCAAGGAUGAUCGCAUCGCCUUUGCUUGCCGUCUCCUGGCGAUCCUGUUUCUGAUCGAUGACCUUCUCGAGUACAUGUCUCUGGAAGAAGGCAAAGCAUACAAUGACAAGCUCAUGCCCUUGGCACGCGGCGAAGCGCAGCCUGACCGCACGAUUCCCGUAGAGGCCAUGUUCUACGAUCUGUGGGCAAGCAUGCGCGAGAAGGACCAGCAUCUCGCGGACCAGGUCCUGGAGCCCACCUUCGUGUUUAUGCGCGCACAGACCGAGGGGAUCCGCACAGAGAUCACGGAGCUUGGCCAGUACCUGCAGUACAGGGAGCGAGACGUGGGCAAGGCGUUGCUAUCGGCACUGAUGCGCUUCGCCAUGGACCUGCACCUUAGCGACGAGGAGCUCGCCGAGAUGAAGGAGGUGGAGCAGAACUGCGCCAAGCACAUCUCCAUAGUCAACGACAUCUACAGUUGGGAGAAGGAGUUGAAGCAGUCGCAGGUCGCGCUAGAAGAGGGCUCCAUCCUGUGCUCGGGCGUCAAGGUGCUCGCCGACAGCACGGGGCUCAGCAUCGAGGCGGCCAAGACUUGCCUCUGGUCGCUGGUCCGGGAGUGGGAGCUGAAGCACGAGAUCCUCUCCUCGGAGCCCUUUGUCUCGUCACAGUGCUCCAAGGCCCAGAAGCUCUACCUUCAAGGCUUGGAGUACCAGAUGAGUGGGAACGAGCUCUGGAGCCGGACGACCCCGCGGUAUCUGGUGGUUGAUUAG